AUGCAACCACCGGACGUGGGGCUACCCGACGCUGAUAGCCCUGUAGAGGCAGAAGCACCGAGGAAUCCGGGCCCCCGCAGACACCCGAAGAAACGAACCAAAACUGGUUGUUUAACCUGUAGGAAACGUCGUAUUAAAUGCGGCGAAGAGAAGCCAAUAUGUAGCAACUGCGUCAAAUCCAAGCGGAUUUGUGAGGGCUACGCCCAAAGAGUGAUCUUCAAGAACCCCAUGGGUAUCUUCGGCGCAUAUGGCCCUCCCCACAGCAGCCAAGAUCUCCAGAUGCAGCAGCAGAUGCGAGUCCCCAUAUUCAAUGACUAUCCUUUACCUGCUCAACAGGCUGCGGCAGCUGCCCAACAUCCCAUGCUGGCGCCACGGCCCGUGGAUGUGACAGCCACAGGUUAUCAAGCUAUGCAGCCAUCUGAGACAUCCCCACCAGAGCGGGCACCACCUGCCACUGCACCGCAGUUCUAUUAUCCCACGCCACCAGUACAGCUUCCCCCUCAAUCAUGGCCAGUACAGACUGCAGAGGAAAAUCGGCGGGCCUCUGAAUCUCAAGAACGGACCGACUAUGCACCUGCACAGUCCCAGUCUCAGUCCCAGCCCCCACCUCCGCCUCAGUCACGAUCGCAGUCACUGUCGGAGUCGGAAUCGCAGUCGCAUCCUAUUAAUGUAACAGAAAACUACGCCCAUUACGAUGAACAAAAGCUACCGGCCCAGUAUUUACAGCCAACCGCCAACUGGCAGAGUUUCCCAACAUCCCAAGAUUAUGCCGCCCAAUAUGCAUCUCAGCUGGCUAGCGAAUCCGCAGCGAACAAGAGUAAUGAAAACCCAUUAUUCCCAUUGCCCAUUCAACAAUCGGCUUCUAGAUAUCAGUAUCAGUAUCAGUAUCAGCAGCAGCAGCCAGGACAAGCGACUUCACAGCUCACCACGGCAGAGCCUUUCGUUCCUGCCUCUCAACCACAGGUAACAUAUGUGGAAGAUGAAGAUGAAGAUUUCUACGAUGUAGAUUCCGACGACGAAAUGGCGGAUCAAAUACAGAGCGAAGGCUUCAAUCAACUGAGUCUCAUCAUGGCCUCUGCAAAUAAUGAUAGCCAGCUUCGUUCAUUCAGGAGUCACCUCAAUGAGCCGAAUAUUCUUGCUAAUUAUCGCCCCUCGCUCGGAUCAUCCCCACUGAAUAAUCCCAAGACGGCCCGUAUCUUUGCGCACUUCAUCCACUCAACCGGGCCAUGCCUGUCUAUAUUCGAGCGACAUGCGACCGACUCGUCGAUUGUUUUGGGGGUACAGGUUCCCCUUGCGCAACAGGGUCUUUGGACAUAUACCCUCCCCCUCAAGGCCUUGGAGCAUCCUGCAUUACUCCAGGCUAUUCUCGCCAUCAGCAGUUUGCACAUCGCGUAUCUCCAAGGAGUACCCUCAACCGUCUCUUUAAAGCACUACCAUUAUGCAUUGAAACGAAUUGGUCGUGCGGUUGGCCUUCCAUUGCGACGCAAACAAAUCGGCACCUUGGCUGCCACGCAGCUGCUUGCGUAUUAUGAAGUUAUAUCAGCCGAUCACUCCAAAUGGAAUAGCCACGUUGCGGGCGCUGCUCAACUCGUUAAAGAAAUCGACUUUGCAGGCACAACUCGAGAUCUUCGAGCGUACAGACGUCAAAUUAGUGAGCAACGGCAACAGAUAAGGUGGUCAAACCCACAAAUGUAUCCUUUUGGUUUCGAUAACGACGGAUCUGAGGACGAUCCCUUUGCCGAGAAAGAAUCCUCCGUCGACCAAGCAUUCUUAAGUUCCAUUCUGGGCCGGGCGGUUAAUUACGACGAAUUUGGCCGUGUCGAACACGAACAGGCCCAAUCUCCCAAGAAAUUCUUUUCGCGCAAAGAUAUCGAAAACUUCCGGCUCCAGUGCGACUUAUAUUGGUGGUUCACUAAACAAGAUCUCAUGCACAGUCUAGUCAGUGGCGAGAAAUUAUUCAUGCCCUUUUAUUUGAAGAGCCAGUGUCCACCCCGCGCUGCCAUCGGCCGGUUAGACGCCAUUUAUGGAUCGGCCGAUCACCUUUGGCUUCUGCUUUCGCGCAUCACAGAUUUUGGCUAUCGAGAUCGGAAACGAAAGUUAAAGGCACUUCGUGUUGCUGGUACGGAUUGGAGGCCGGGUCCUGGGAUGUUCAAAUUUAUGGGCCGUUUUGCUGGUGGGGGUGGUGGUCCAAACAAAAGACCCGGCCCUCCUGGAAGACCUCCAGGACCUCCUGGCCCUCCAGGUCCCCCUGGGCCUCCCUCAUCUACGUCUUCAUUUUCGAACACUGGACCUGGCUCCGGUUUCGGCUCUGCGUCCGAGUCACCUCCGGAGUCUCUACAAAGGGGACCUCCACCGCGGCCACCCGCGCCAGAAGGUCCUCCUAUGUACGGCAUGAUACCACCCAGACCUCCGACUCGUCUGCCAGCUGGCUUCGUAGACGGCCGGCAAGAACAACGCGAAUCGUCAGAAGAAGCAGAUGAGAAUGAAAUGUCGAGCCAAAGGGCUGUCGAAGAGAAAUAUAAUGAAGCGGAGCAGGAAUGGGAGGAUAUCUUGACAGCACUCGACACAUUCGCCCAAGGACUCGGACGAGAUUACCAACCGCUACCAGCCGAUGUCACACCCUCGAUCUCGACCCCAUUCGGCGCUGCCUUGCAAUACCGUACACACACGAUCGCGGUAAUAUGGGGAUUUUACUACACGGGUCGCAUCUUGCUGCAACGACUUCACCCAUCGAUGCCACCGGCCAUGAUGAUGGCUGCCGGGGUGGCUGCACCAACGACAGCAGAAUAUGCACAGAUUAUCGGCCGGAUCACAGCAGGCAUCUACUACCCACAGCGAUACAACCUGCAGGCUGGCAGCCUGAGCCCCACCCUUGGGUCCUCCCUUACAGAGAUGACAGUGCCGAUCUUCUUUGCAGCGGUGCAAUAUACCGAUUCGACACAGCGGGGCUGGACGAUAGCCAAGCUCCGCGAAAUCUCUCGACUGACAGGAUGGAAAACCUCGGACGCUAUCGCCAGUGGCUGUGAAAAGUCAUGGAUUGUGGCGGCCAAACAUGGGCGCGGUCCGCCGUAUCAGCGAUCCUUUGAAACAUCUCGAGAUCGGGAUUCCCAAGAUGUACUUGCUCGAGACUCGGGGGCGCAGCAGAGUGAUGAGCGAAGAUUUGUGACGGUGGAACCGACUGAUCGGGCAUAUCGGGCCAUGGGGCUGCUUAGUUUGGAGGAGGACAUGCAAAACCUGGAAGUGUAG